ACCAGCCACAGUGGGACGGAUGCACACACACACACACACACACACACAUAUUCAUAGGCACGCUCACAGCAACUCAUUUUGCCCAGGUCCAUGAAGAUGUUGCUCUUCUUCUUACUUUCACUCCUCCAUUUCAACUCAUCUCUGAGCCUAAAAAUCUGCUCCUUCAAUGUGAGGUCUUUUGGAGAAACUAAAAUAGCCAGACCUGAAGUCGUCGAUGCCGUGGUCAAGAUCAUUUCCCGCUGCGACAUCAUGCUGCUGAUGGAAAUAAAGGACAGCAAGAACCGUGUUUGUCCUCUCCUGGUGGAGAAGCUCACCAGUCAGCUGAAGGGGCCAAAGGAGGAGUACAGGUGUGUGGCCAGCGAGAGGCUGGGAAGGAACAGCUACAAGGAGCAGUAUGUCUUCCUCUACAGGCAGGAUCUGGUAUUGGUGAAACAAACCUACCAGUACCCUGACACCCAGCCUGGGGAUGAGGAUGUCUUCUCCAGGGAGCCCUUUGCCGUCUGGUUCCAGUCCUCCAAAACCGCCGUCAGUGAGUUUGCCAUUAUCCCUCUGCACACCACACCAGACACGGCCGUGCGGGAGAUCGAUGAGCUCUAUGAUGUGUACUCAGAUGUCAGACAGCRCUGGGAAACUGAGAACUUCAUCUUCAUGGGGGACUUCAAUGCUGGGUGUAGCUAUGUUCCCCAAAAGCAGUGGAAGAACAUCCGUCUGAGGACUUACUCUGAAUUCAUCUGGCUAAUUGGUGACAAAAAUGACACCACGGUGAAGAACAGCACAAGAUGCCCAUAUGACAGGAUUGUGGUCAGUGGACAGAAGCUCAUCCAGGCUGUGGUGCCGCACUCUGCAAAGAUCUUUGAUUUCCAGGAGGACUUUCAGAUGACCGAGGAGCAGGCACUGGGGGUCAGCGACCAUUUCCCGGUAGAAUUUGAGUUAAAAGCCAAAGGUGGCUUCCUCAACUGGCUGAAAUCAAAGUUCUCAAGGAAGAGGAGACCCAAGAAGAGCCGCCGAUCGAGAUCAUGAGCGUGCUGAGUCCUCGUGCCUGGCAUGGAAAUACACAGAUGCCAACAGAUCCUGAGAAGACUGCUGUAGRUAUAUUCACAGCAAAUGCAAUAUUUAGUGGGGAAAAAAAACCCCAAAUAUUUUGUAAAAGUUCAAAUAUUUUGAGUGAGAAGGCAAAUUAAACCUUCAGGUUGUUUUCUUCAUUGUAUACAGAAAUAAAUCAGCUAGGAGCAGCACACUGUGCUUACCGUACUGGGCASAAAUGUGAGGAGCUACUGCAAGGCUAAAAUACUUGUGUGUGCUUUACCUGCAACRCCUGAAGKGCAGG